GGGAAGGGAGGCAUCCUGCAGUUGCUCAGUGACACACAUGCUCAUGUGGAGCAGGACCCUGAAGUAAACCCUGGAAGUUCCCUUUUUGUUUUUGUAUAUCAAGGACUUUAAUCGAUCUUUCUUUUUUACAUUUUGGGAUAAAAUCUCAGUUCAGUUGGUUGACUUUUGAUGCUGUUUGGCUCUGGGAUUACUUAUGCAGACAUUUGUUUGAGAAUUCAUGGCUGCUUGGCACAUGUUUUGGAAAUCUGGUGUCUCAGUCUGAGGCACUGAACAACAAGCAGACAAUACAAAAAUUCUCGCUUAUGGUGUCUGAAGACAACCAGACACACCCCUGACUAUACAGAACACCACCAGCUUGAUUUUUUGGGGACUUAGGUUAGAUUAAACUGAUCCUAAUGGACUGCCGUAGUUGCUAAAGUAAGGAAGCUUUCAAUCAAAUUCUUAGCAUGACUACUGAUAGGUCCUUUUUAUUAGCAUAUUGGUCGUGAAAGAAAAAGCCUUAUCACAGACAAUAAAAAGGACCCAGAUGUCUUUAAUUGACCUUCCAGUUACUAAAAGCUUCUUCUCUACAGCAAAUAAUUAUAUUAGGACCCAAGUUUUUGUGAAGAUUUGUAAAUAAACCCACGUUGAUAUGAGUAUUUUGUAGAUUAAUUGUUGUGCUAUUUAUCAGGCCAUGCGCAUUUAACUGAUGCAAGCUUAUUUUUCCAUUUUUGUGUAAUGAUCGAAGGAAGUACUUACUAAUGAAAAGUUUAAUGAGGUAUUGAUUUUACCUGGGGAGACAGUGUUGAUAAGUGAAGUGCCAUCCAGUACUAUCUGAAAGUCCAGUAAGAGGAGGCAAGAUGUCAAGGCCUCCAUCCUCCCAGACCACCCCUCAGUUCUACCGGGUCAGCGAAAGGGAUCUCACUGAGAUCGAGCUCCAUUCAGUAGACUCCAUCAAUGACCUCCAUCGAACGCACCAUGACAACAGCCAAAAGGUGAUUAGACCUCCUCGUCCUGCUUACACACCCUCUCUGAAUGGGAAUCUCUACACAUGUGAUGUGUCAGCAGCCAAUCAAAGAGACCGUCAACUCAGCAGCAAGUGGCAGACCCGUCUACAGGAUAUGUUAACUCCAAGUUCAUCACAUGCUUAUGCUAUGAGCUGUGCUAUCAUCACUUUACUGCUGUUAACAGUAUUACUCAUCUUCUACUUUUUGGUCCAGCAGGGUGGUGCAAUCCAGAUGCUUACUGAGGCAGUAAGAGAGAAAGAAGCCACAGCAAAAGAGCUUUCACUACUGAUCCAAGAGCUACAGUCCUUCUUCAGGAUGAUCCGCUACACCAUCCUGGCCCCACUCUUACAGCUGAGCUUUAUGAGGCCAUUGAUCUUCUGGGUGCCUUGGAGCAGACUGUAUGGCCUAGAGGACCUGACAGCGGACCUGAAGACCCUUAUGGUGAACCAUCUGAUGCUGAUUCUGCACUUCAUGCUCAGCUUCAUUUCCAUCUUCAUCAUCACCCAUCAGUCUGCUACAAGCCUUGGAGCAGAUUUAUGGCCUCAAGGACAUGUCAGUGGUUCACCUGCAGUGGAUGAUGAGGACGGUUCCCUGCAUGGGCUCUCUCUCGUGCAGCUCCUAAAGACCCUUAUGGUGAACCUGCCUCCGCACUUUGUGCUCUGCUUCAUUUAA